CUAGCAUGCGCAGACUAGCACGCCGAGAGUCAGCUGUAGCAGAUUGGUGGUUGAGGAGGAGAGGAGAGUGCGAGUUUCCUACCUAUGCUCCUUCAGUAGUCGUCCUGACAACAUCAUUAGAGUCAGCCACGCUGUACCAUGGGCGCGCCCGUCGUUACCAGCUAGCUCCUCGCUGUUUGUACCUCACGUCUCGCGUUUCAAAAAAAUUAAGCUCUUACCGCCGGAACCAUAAAUUGCCCUCUUUUUUUCCGCAUGUCCACGUCGCCUUCGUCGGCUCGUACUUAAUACCACCGUCGGGCCGGCACUUCGAUAAAAACUGCAUAGUAGAAGCUGUCCGCCAUGGGGUGCGGCAGCAGCUCCAUGUCGAAGCACAUGCCGUCUAUGAUGCUCUCCGAGGGCGCCGCGUACGGCAAGGCGCGGAAAAACGCCGCCAAGGACCUCGUCGCGGCGCAUAAGGACUUUUACAACGCGUCGUCCGCGUACGCGGACUCACUUAAGAGCGCCGGCACCGCGCUGCUGAUCUACUGCGAGGGGACGAAUGUCUUUAUCGGGUCCGCGCUCGGGGAGAACGUUCCGCCGCAAGCCUUCCAGAACGUUGCGCCGGUGCAGGUGUCGGAAGUUUCCGGGGAAGUUGCGGUUGCGGGAAACACGGCGGAAUACGCGGACACAGCGGCGUCUAGUUCUAUUGCGGUUUCGGGUUCCGGAAGUUCCCGCGCGCUUCCAGCGCCGACACCCGUUCCGCCGCAGCCGGUCGCGCCUCCGCCGUCGCCUCCCCCUCCGCCAGGCGGCGGAGCUCCUCCGCCAGGUCCCGGCGGCCUUCCGCCGCCAUAUCCGUACGGCUAUCCGCCACCUCCCCCGAGUUACGCUUACCCUCCGCCCCCGUAUCCCCCCGGGCAGGGGUAUGGCGCAUCGCCGGGAAAUUCCGCGGGUUCUCCGUAUCCUCCUGCGCCCGCCUCUCAGGGCACUCCGCCCUCGCUUCCCCACUCCAGCUCGGGCUCGUAUGGCGGCCCUCCGCAAUAUGCGCACCAGGGCACUCCCCCUCCGCCGUUCCCCGGCUAUCCCCCCCCAGGGGGAGCGCCGCCACCCGCGGGGGGGUAUUCGGGGGGAUUCCCGCCCCCUCCGCCCCCAGGCGGAGCAUAUGGGGCUCCGCCCCCCGGCCCCCCUAGCGGAGCGUACGGAGCGCCUCCGCCUGCGCCCGCGGGCGGAGCGGGGGGGUGGGAGCAGCAGGCGCAGGCUCGCAUUCCCUCUGCCCAUUACGCCGGAAAUUCCGGGCAGCUUCUGGUGAGCUCCGGGCAGCUCGGAGCGGAAGCUUCAGCGGCUGCUGCUGCUGCGGCGGCGGCGGCGGGGGGGGGGAGAGCGGGGAUUGGCUCUUCAGGAGCCAUGGGAGGGUCGGGAAUGCUGGGCGGCUCCGGUCAGAUAAUAGCCUAUGUUGGUCCGAGCGGCGGCGCGGUUCUAGGAGACAAAUGGGUGGACGAAUUUGCCAAGAAGGUGAACGCGCAUUUCCUGGAAGGUUCGACGCGGAUCACGGCGCUGGUGGAGCUCCUUAAAGUCGGGGCGCCCAUUCCGAAGCACGCGGUGCCGCCACUGACGGUGGCGGCGGCUACUAAGGAGGGCGGGCAGCUGGAGAGCAUUGGCGACUCGAUCCAGAAGCUGGUGAACUGGGAGCGAGACAUUAAAGACAAGAUCUGGGACCUGGAGACGAUUCGCAACGAGAUGAAGAGCAAGGACAAGAAGGUCCGGCGGGAAACAGCGAGGGCGAGUGGCAACGCCAACGCGGAUCCGCGCAAGCUGGAGGGCGCGCAGUCGAAGCUGAGCGACGUGCAGCACCGGCUGGCGGGGGCCAGCGAGAAGGUCAUGGCUGCGUGCCAUGCCGUGGAGCAGUACAAGACGGACCUGCUGUUCCCCCAGCUGCUGCGACUGCUGCCGUGCCUGGUGUCCACGUGGCACUCUCUCUGCCAGCUGCACGAGCAGCAGCAGCAGCUGGCGACCAUGCUGGCCAACCAGUACAUGCCACCUGUCACGCACGAGGGCGCCAACACCGCUGGGCAGGUCCCUCUGGGGCCUGGUGGUGCGCAGGUGCCCACCACUACCAAGGCGCAGCACGAGGCGACUAAGAAGCUGGAAGACGCGUUUAAGAAGUGGCACUCGUCCCUCAGUGUGCUGUGCAACGUGCAGCGCAAGUUCUUCUCUGCUCUCAUCACCUGGGUGCGCAAGACCCUCGCAUAUCCCCCAGCCUUCCCCAAGCCCCCUCUACCCGGCACGGCCCCUCCCCCGGGCCAAUACGUGGCCAGCUGGGCUCCAGGCGGCGCCGCUGGUGCUGCUCCGCCCCCACCCCCACCACCAGGUCAACAGCACGCAGAAGGGCCUUUAGUGGCUCUUGCCAACGACUGGGUGCGCACGAUGGACCGGCUGCCAGAGAAGGAGGUGAAGGAUGCAGUGAUGGGGUUCUGCGGGUGGAUCAGCCAGGCGUAUGAGCGGCAGACGGAGGAGAUGCGGCAAAACAAGCACCUGCAGGAGAGCCUGAAGCAGUUGUCAAAGCAGGAGUCAAAACUGGAGCACCUGCAGCAGAAGGAGAGGGAGCUGCAGCUGUCGCUAGGAGGCCCAGCAGCCGCAGGUGCAGAGACACCAGCAGAGCAGCAGGCAAAGCAGGCUAAGGCGGCAGCAGCAGCGAACGAGGUUGCCAACUGCAAGACCGCUCUGGAGAAUGCGAGGAUCAAGGUUAAUUCCGAAAGAGUGGCCCUGGAAAGGCUAGGUGCGGAUGCCAGAGCAGCUGCUUUGUCCGGGCUGAGACAGGGACUGCCUGGAGUGUUUGAGAAUGCGGGAAGGUACUCUGGGACAGCAUCUCAGGCGUAUGCUAUGCUGCAGACUCAGCAUGCACCUUGGUUGCCAGUUCAGGUCUAGAUGGGGCUUGUGAUAAAUACGAUGGCAACCAGCUAGUGUAUGUGCUAAUUGUUGGCAUAA